AUGCUUCAACUCUCGUGUCUCUCUAGUCACGGCUUUCUCGAUGCCGCCGGCGUCGUGGACUGCGACGGCUCGUGCGUCCUCGACGGCGGCGGCCCGUGCCUCCUCCACAGCGGGCUCUGCUGCCCCGCCGAUUCGCUGGACGACACCGUCGUCAUAGAAUUCAUCAACAACGAGAAGUUGUUGGAGGACCUUGUCAUAGCCGCCUCGCUGCCGCCGGGCACGGAAUUAUUGCUGCCCACCGCCGCCGAGCGCGGGUGCCAGGGCGUUUCCUCUGCAGGUGGCCCGCCACGGCUGCCGGUGCGCUCCCCGCUAUCGUCGGGCAGCAACAGCUCAUGGACGGCAUGGCAUAGGACGUCCAGUUUGGCGGCCGAGCCGCCGCCGCCGCCUCCGUCGCCGGCGGCCGUCUCGCGGCUCGUCGUGCCGAAGAGGAAACGGGACAGGUCCGUCAUGCGCGGCAGGCGACCGUGGUCGCUGGACAUGCCAAGCAUCAUCCCUACACCUCACGCAGCUAACCCUAGCAGCAGCAGCGGCAGCAGUGGAGUCCGGCAGCAGGGCCUGGUGCCGCAGCCGCCGACGAACAGGCGGCGAGUUCAGAGGGCGUGCAGCCACUGCGACAGCACGGAGACGCCGCAGUGGCGUGCGGGGCCGGGCGGGCCAGGCACCCUGUGCAACGCGUGUGGCUUACGGUACACCCUGAACAAGCUACUGCCGGAGUACCGGCCGUCGACGAGCCCCAGCUUCCAGAGCGACAAGCACUCGAACCGCCACAGGAAGGUGGUCAAGCUAAGGGAGAGUAACGCAAAAGACACGGUAGUCAGCAGCAUGCCACCGGCGCCGCCAGGCGACAGUGGUGAAUUCAAGGAUGUUUUGUAA